AUGUCGGAAAAGCACGAGGAGCGUGCGUCGGUCGAGUCGAGCGAUGAGUCGCUCGUCGCAAAGGGUGAUGCUCCCCAGGUCGGAGUCCUCGCCGCCGAGGCAGCCCGCUCCGUCGCUGGCUGGAAGAUCUGGGUGGCAUUCCUGGGCAUCGCCCUCGUUGCCUACGUCACUGGUCUUGACAACAACACCAUGUACGCAUAUCUGCAGGCUGCGGCCACGCAUAUGAACAAGUACCCGCUCUACAUUGCCGUCUCGACGACGCAGGGUGUUAUCAUCGCCGUCGGCAAGUUCCCCGUCGCCAAGCUGGCAGACGUCUUUGGCCGCGCCGAGGGCUACGCAAUCUCGCUCUUUAUGUACAUCAUCGGCUUCAUCAUCAUCGCCUCGUGCCAGAACUUUGGCGCCCUCAUCGCCGGCACGGUCUUCUACGCCUUUGGCAACACGGGCACCCAGAUCAUGCAGCAGAUUGUCCUUGCCGACAUUACGACGACAAAGUGGCGCGGUGUUGCAGUCAGCCUCAUCACGCUGCCUUACAUCAUCAAUUUUGGCGUCGCACCUCUCAUCACCCAGGACCUCGCCUCCAACUCCCUGAGCAAUCUCUGGCGCUGGGGUCCAGGCAGCUUUGCCAUCGUCUUCCCAGUCGCUGCUGCGCCCAUCAUCCUCUCCCUCGCCCUGACGCAGCGAAAGGCAAAGAAGGAGGCCCUGGCUCCUCGCCACCCUUACCUGUCGAUGUCGCCUCUCCAGGGACUCAAGGCCUUCCUCGUCGACAUCGAUGCCCUCGGCCUCCUUCUUCUCUGCGCCGGCUUCCUCCUGAUAUUGCUGCCUCUGAGUCUCGAGUCUGUCGCCGCAAAGGGCUACGAGUCGCCGCACAUCGAUGUCAUGUUUGCCGUCGGCGGUGCAUGCAUCGUUGCCCUGCCAUUCCAGCAGUACUUCCUCUCGCCAAAGCCCAUUUUCCGCCGUCACUUUGUCCUCAACAAGGAUGUCGCUAUCCCCGCUCUCGCCAUCGGAUUCUUUGACUUUGCCUCGUUCUACAUCUCCUGGACUCCCGCCUACUACUGGGUUCAAGUCACGCACCCAGACUGGACCGUCAAAGACGCCACCUACUUUUCCAACACGCAGUCGCUCAGUCUCACCAUCUUUGGCAUCGCUGCGGGCUUUAUCAUCCUGGGCCUCAAGCGGUACAAGUACCUUCUCCUCGCCGGCACUUGCAUUCGCAUGCUCGGUCUCGGCCUCAUGAUCCGCUACCGUGACGCCACCUCGACGACGGCCCAGGUUGUGAUCCCCCAGAUCAUUCAGGGAAUGGGCGGCGGCAUCCAGGGCCUCCUCAUCCAGCUGGCUGCCCAGGUUUCGGUGCGCCACCAGCACGUGGCCAUGGUCACGGCCUUUGUCCUUCUCAUGACCGAGCUCGGCGGCUCGGUCGGCUCGGCCAUCGUGGGCGCGAUCCAGAACAAGGUGCUUCUUACCCAACUCAACGAGAAGCUGGGCGCCGUCGGCGUGAGCGCUGCCGAGAUUACCAGCGCCUUUGCUUCGCCUACGACAGUCACCUGGGCCGUCGGCUCGCCUGAACGAAACGCCUUCAUCGCGGCGUGGAAUGAGUACAUGCACGUGGUUCUCAUUGCAGGCAUCUGUCUCGCGGCCGUCCCCAUCAUUGGCACCCUGUUCCUGACCGACCACAAGCUGGGCGACGGACAGAACUGUGUCAGCGACGAGCUCGUUGGUGGAAGGAUCAACCGCAGGUACGAUCGCGACGAUGGGCAAGGCCUUCAGUACGAGAACCGCCCCGAGCACACACACGCCUGA